GCGCAACGAUACGAGAUUAAAGAUGGCGGCCUCCAUGAAGCGAUUUCAAGAUUUCAACACGCAGCCACAUGGUGCGGCUAAAAACACGAUUUCCUUCGAUUUUUAAAGCUAACAACCUUAAAAAUAUAAGCGAACUUUCAAACAGUUGAAAAAUGAACGCACUUGAGGUGUUCGGGAGUUUUGAAAGCGCUGCCGAGUUGGACAAAGAGCCGCACACCGGGUGCACGUUGGUGAGUGCGGAGCGGCACAUCGCGUUGUCCCCGAAGUACAUCGGGCGUUUGCGAACGGGCGUCGGUGAGAUUCUUGACGCUGAGCUCGGCCGCUUCUCAGAAAGCUUGCGCGGAGUGCUGCUAGCCUACGGCAACGUCAAGUUGUUGCAGUCUUCAGGGGUCAUAGUUGACGACAGCCCCUUCAUUCACUUUGAUGUGAAGUUUGACGCUGUAGUGUUCAACCCAAAGAUCGGAAGUUUACUCAAGUGUGUUGUGAUUGAGCAAGCGUCAGACCACGUUGGUUGCCUGGUUCAUGACUGGUUCAACGUCUCUCUACUCGCCAGCAGGAAGGAGCUCAGCGGCCAGAAACUGCCCAAGCUAGAACCAGGUUAUGUGGUCCUGGUCCAGGUGGAGCGCCUGCGGUCUCUGAAUAGGAUGCUGGCUAUAGAAGCCAGGGCACCAGACGAUGGGUCUGAUUUGAUCCUUGAAGCUAUGAGUCUUCAAAGUAAAGACACAGACAGUGAGUCCAAUGUAGACUCCGUGCUGCAGUCGUCACUUUCAGACACUCCUGAUGUUGCUGGAAAGUCUUCAGGGACUACUGGAAAUGAGGCUAGUGGUGAAAAGAAGAAGAAGAAACGUGUAAAGGUGAAACUGGAGCAGGCAGACUCCUUGCAGUCAUCUGUAUCAGAUACUACCGAUGUUACUCCAAUGUCAACAGUGACUGCUGGAACAGAGGCUAGUGGGAAAAAGAAAAAGAAGAAACAUGCAAAGGUGGAACUGCCAGAGGUAGACUCUUUGCAGCCGUCAGUAUCAGACUCUGUAGAUGGCUCUGGUGUUUUAACAAUACCUUUUGGAGGGGAGGCUAAAAGUGAAAAGAAAAAGAAAAGGAAGCAUGAAAAUGUCAAACAGGAGUUGGAUGUAGACUCCCUGCAGCCGUCACUGUCAGACUUGCAAGAUGGGUCAGGUUCAUCAAGGACUGCUGGAGAAGAGGCUAGGGGCGGGAAGAAGAAAAAGAAACACAGUGAAGUGAAACAGGAAUGGGAUGUAGACUCCCUGCAGCCGUCAUUGUGUUUGAAAUCCUCAACUGGUGAAACACAGACUGGAGUGGAGACAUCCAAACAUAAGAAGUCUAAGAAACGCAAGCAGUUGGAAACCACUGAUGAAACUAGUGGCAUAAGAACUCAAAACAACGCAGCCGAACUAACGACUGGAGAACAGACCAGUCCUAAGAAAAAGAAGAAAAAGAAGCACUCAAAAAAUGAAGCAGCAGAACCCGGCCCAAAAUCACUCACAAAUCACUCUGGUCAUCAAAUCACACAAAUAACGACUGGUGAGGAGACUAGCUCAACAAAGAAAAACAAAAAGAAAAACAGUGAAACCAGGACAGGUGUAGACUGUUACCAGCCGUCAUUUAUUCCUAAUGGUCCAACCGCAAUCGUGUCAGAAAAGGAAGUGGAAAUGAAGUUACAAGAGUCACAUGAUGAAGAUGUAGUCUCCAACCUCCUGCCGCUUUUUAAUGAGCAGUUCACAAAGUUAAAGAAACACAAAGAUAGGGAAAUUCACACAGCUGUAGACUCCUCUCUCAAGCCGCUUUCACCAGAUUCAUCCUCGACUGUACAAACGGUCAAGAAAGUCAAGAAACACAAGAAAAAAGUCCAAUCAGAAAAUGCUGAUGGGAACGGAGCAUGA